AUGGACGGGCAGCACUCGGAAAAGCCACACAGCCACACCACGGCGGAUAGGAUGUCAUCGACCACGUCCCAGAAUCCCAGGUCAGCCCAGCGCCAGGCUGGGACAUGUGGGAACCCAGAAGGGGACGCCCGAUGCCCUACUUCCCACAGAAUCUUCUCCCCUGUCUCCAGAUCCACGAAGGACCUAUCUUACAUGAAGGUACCUGCCCACAGGGACAGACAGACACACCCCACCACCAUCCUGCUCUGCAAGUCACAGAGCAGCCAGGCUGCUCUGGUGCCCAAGGAGCACAAGAUGUUCAUGGAGGAAGCCUACAAUGCAGCCAUUUGUUUCAAGAUGCUCCGGGACCUGAAUAGUUCAGACCCCCUCCGCUUGAAGUACAUCAUCAAGAAGAUCAAGAACAUGGCUUAUGGGGCCCCCAACCUGGUGCUGGAAACGAUCCAUGACUACUUUGUAGACAAUCCUGAGAUCUCCUCCCGACACAAGUUCCGGCUAUUCCACGUCCUGGAGGCAGUCAUUGAAUCCAGUGACUCCCUGGAGGAGGCCUGGGAGAAAUCGUUCAUGCAGCUGGCCCUGGAGAACAUGACCAAGUCCACGGAGCUGGAAGAGGCAUACCAGGACGCGGCCAGUAACGUCCUGCUGGCCAUCUGUAGGCACUCAUGGCGGGUGGUGGCCCGGCACCUGGAGACCGAGGUCCUGACGGGUGUCUUCCCGCACCGCAGCCUCCUCUACGUGAUGGGCAUCCUGACCUCUACUGAGAUCAUCUUCAAGCAGGGAGACAAGGCUUGUUGGGAAGAGCACCUGGCCCAGAUGGCUGUUAAGUCGGUCCAGUUCCUGAACACAGAUGCGUGGUACAAGGCACUGCUGUUGGCACUCACCAAGCCUGACCAGACAUGCCAGGAGCAGCCCCCAGAGAAGGCUUUUCUCUUCAUCUACUAUGGGCUGAUCCUUCAAGCUGAGGACAACAGCACCACCGUCAGGGCGCACCUGAGAAGCCUCCUGGACACAUCCCACCAGUGGCCCAAGCAGAGGGAGGGUAUCGCGCUCACCAUAGGACUGGCUGCCGUGCGCCACCUGGACCACGUCUGGGCUGUCCUGGAGCAGUUCGGCCAGAGCACGCCCAUUAAGUGGAGCCUCCAGAGCUUCUGCCUGCAGAACUCAGAGGACCCGCGGUGGAAGUGGGCCAGCAGCACCGUGCUCCUCGCUUACGGCCAGGUGGCAGCCAGGGCCAAGGCGCACAUCCUCCCGUGGGCGGACAACAUCUUGUCGCGGAUGGUCUUCUAUUUCCACUAUAGCUCCUGGGUACGGCUCCCCAGGGCCACCCCUCUGGAGCACAGCCUCGUCACAGCCCAGGACGAGACCCUGAAGCAGAGCUUCCUCACCGCUGUCCUCAUGCUGGUGGGGGCCAUCAGCCGCAACGAGGGAGCCCACAGCUACGAGUUCUCCCAGAUCUCCGAGCUCCUCGAGUGUCUGAUGGUGCUGAUGGAGAAGGAACCCCAGGACACGCUGUGCACCUCAACUCGCCAGCAGGCCAUUCACAUCGUCGCCAGCCUCUGUAAGCUGAGGCCACCCCUGGACUUGGAGAGGAAGUCACGGGUUCUGUCCGUCUGCCUGCACAGCGUGUUGGCCCUGCCCCUGCUGGACGUCCUGGAGAAACACACCUGUCUCUUUCUAGAGCCGCCCAACAUACAGACCCUCUACAACAAGACCGCAGAGGCCCUGGACCAGAUGCUACAGAGUUUCAUCAUACAGAACCCUACGACCGACGAGCUGCACUUCCUGCUGUCGCACCUGUACCUCUGGCUGGCGUCGGAGAAGGCACACGAGCGGCAGCGGGCUAUGCACAGCUGCAUGGCCCUUCUCAGAUUCCUGAGCCAAAACCCCUACCUGGAUCCAAAAGAAGACUUCAAGCGGACUGGGCAGCUGGUGUGCAUGCUGGGGAUUUUGUGCCAGGACCCGGACAGGGCCACCCAGCACUCCAGCCUGGAAGGAGUGGGCCACCUCUACCAGCUCCUGAGGUGCCAGAGAGCGACGGAAACUCGGAAGGUGGAGGUGCAGACCCCGGAGCAGCUUUCUCAGGCCCCCGGAGAUGGGGCUCCCGUCUGGAGCAGCGGAGACCAGAAGACAGCUCCGCCGGCCUCUCAGGAGCCGGUGUUCCCGAAGGACGGCGUCCUCCAGCUUGACAGCUCCCAAGUCAUCAAGGAGGUCAUGAAGCAUCUCACGAUGGCAGAGCUGACCGACCUCCUCUGGACAGCCAUCGAAGGCCUGGGCUCCACCAGCCCCUUCCGCGUUCAGGCAGCCGCCGACAUGCUGCUCACCGCCAUCAAGGAGCACGGGGCCAACCUGGAGACCGUUGCCAACCUGGGCCGCGCCAUCCACUUGCAGCUGUGCUCCGUCCGCAUCCCCCAGGCCAAGGAAGACAUCCUGCACGCUGUCACCCUGCUAGCCCGGAGCCACACGCCGGAGCUGGUGGCCACCUUCCUGGACUUCUCCAUUCCCCUGGACAGCCAUGCCUUCCGCUUGUGGAGGGCCCUGGGGGCCGAGCAGCCCGUGAGCCGCCUGGUCCUGGCCAUGCUACUGGACUGGCUGCGGGAGCGGCCACUGCCCGCCGGGGCCAGAAACGGCAGCCCCCAGCCCAAGGACCAGCCCUGGCUGCGCUCGCUGGCUGCCGUGAGCACCCUGCACGAGCUGCAGUUCGCCCGGGAGUUCCAGAAGGCGGUGCGGGAGGCCCACCCGGAGCUGCUGCUGGCCCUCCUCACCCAGCUGCACUACGUCUUGGAGCUGAACCUGCCAGAGGGGCCCCAGCCCGGCCAGGAGGCCCCGGAGACAGCCACACCCAGCCCGCAGAGCACGUCCCUGGAAGCACUGAAAAGCCUGCUGUCCACCACGGGGCACUGGCAGGACUUCGCGCUCCUGGAGCUGCAGGACGCCUGGAAACUCUUCACCACCAUCCACACCUACCCGCAGGGCGUGGGUCUCCUCGCCAGGGCCAUGGUGCAGAACCGCUGCCAACAGAUCAAAGCAGUGACCAGCCAGCUGCUGCCCAGCCUGCAGAGCAAGGAGGAGCGGGAGAGGAAGGUGGCCAUCCUCAUCCUCACCGAGUUCCUCUACAGCCCCACCAUGCUGGAGGUGCUCCCCAGACAGGCUGCCCAGACCACGCUGGCCCGAAGCCUCAGGGACCCCAGCCCCGAGGUCCGCGUGUUGAGCCUGCAGGGCCUAGGAAACAUCCUUUUCCACCCAGAGAAGGGAGGCCUGCUCUGCGGACAGCUGCCGUCCUUCCUCGACGGCUUCUUCCAGAACAGCGAGCAGGUGGCUGUGCAGCUCAUGGGCACCGUGUCUGACGUGCUGCACCGCCUGGGCACACACGGCGCGGCCGCCCAAAGCCUCAGGGUCGCCAUCUACGCCCGCUCCUUUUUUGACGACGUGAGUGCCCCGGGGGGGGAAGCGGGGUGCCCCUACUUGUGCCCCUCCUGUGCCUACACCUGGUCCUCAAAGGCAGGGGGAUCCCCAGCUGCCCUGCACCUGUGCUGGGGAGACGCCCCCAGGGGGAUACCCGGGUGCCCGAGACACCCACGCAGAGCCGGGCCGAGCCAGGCCAAGUGGCCGCCAGGUGGCGCUCGGCCCCUCUCCACGAGGCUGACCGAGCAGCCCUCCCACCCCCACCAGCCCCUCGGCCGCGGGAGGUCGGGAAGAGACCCUGAGCAAAGAGACAGGAGUUCAGGUCCUCCCGGAAUGCCUGGAACCUGUCUGACAGGGGAGGCACAGCCCUGCCCCCGGGGGCUGGGAACCUGGGGAAGGGGCUCUGCAGCCAGAAAUGAGCCCCAUCCCCUCCGCAGGAUGGGCCCCGGGCUGGGUGGGGAUUGGGUUCAAUAGACCCAGGCGGGUUCGGCUGUGGCUCUGAGCCCCCACCUUGCAGGAGCGGGCUGGGAUCCGGGCGGCAGCCAUGGCGCUGUUCGGGGACCUGGUAGCUGCCGUGGCCGGCAGGGAGCUGAGCGGCCUGCGGGCCCAGGUACACCAGAGCAUGGUGCCCCUGCUCCUGCACCUGAGGGACUGCUCUCCAGCCGUUGUCAAGCAGGCCAAGUUCGCCCUGUACCGCUGCGCCCGGCAGCUCCGGUGGCGGCUUCCGCACACCCUCUUCUGCACGCUGGCCUGGGAGCGGGGCCUCAGCGCCCGCCACUUCCUCUGGACCUGCCUGGUGAGGGGCCUGGGGCGCAGGGACAGGCUGCCUUUGGCAGAAGGGGGAGGCGGGGCGGGGGACGCUGGAGCCAGGCUCUCGCAGGUGUGGCCCCAGGGCCGGCAGGGGCGGGGCAGGGCGGGGUCCACAGUCCCGCCCCCACAGCGCUGUCCUCUGGCCAGAUGACCCGCAGCCAGGAGGAGUUCAGCAUCCACUUGGCGCAGGCCCUCAGCUACCUGCACAGCCGGCACCGCCACAUCAAGACCUGGGCGGCGCUCUUCAUAGGCUACACCACCUGCUACCACCCCCAGGCUGUGUCCCAGAUGCUGGACAGCGUUGACACAAACCUGCUCUUCUCUACUUUCGAGGAUCUCAAAAAGGACCCAGAGCCUGGCAUCCGGGAAUUUGCCACCAGACAGUCCUCCUUUCUCCAGAAGGUGGCAGCCGGACCGCAGUGA